ACGGUGACUUGUACAUUAUAAAGAGAAAUUUUGCUAAAAGAAAUUACGACUGUAUGAUGAUUUACUACAGAAUUAUCUUUUAUGUAUCUGAAUGGUACCAGGUCACAUGUGAAGUAGUUCUUUAAAUUUUCUGCCUGUUGGUUAACCGUUAAACAGGACAUGUCACUGGUUAACUAUCAGACAGGCAGAAGUGUCCUUUAGUCGCUAUCAGGGAGUAGCACCGGUUAGCCCUUACAGGAGGUGUGCCUCUGGUUCUCCAUUAACCAGGAACUUGGCUGAGUGUUCCAUAAAGGCUGCAGGAGCAUCCGAACCUGCUUAGUCAGAAGGCUGAUAAACAAUGAGCUCCAAACAGCAGCUCGUGAAGCUGAGUGACGGCCACUUCAUGCCCGCACUGGGCUUUGGCACAUACAAGCCUGAAGAGGUUCCUGAAAAUAAGCCACUGGAGGCUGUAAAUUUAGCUAUAGAGGCUGGCUUCCGUCACAUUGAUACUGCUUAUGUAUACCAAACUGAGAAGAAUGUAGGGCAGGCUAUUCGAAGCAAGAUUGCAGCUGGCCUUGUGAAGAGAGAAGAUGUAUUCGUCACUACAAAGCUUUGGUGCACUUUCCAUAGACCAGAGCUGGUUCGAUCUAACUUGGAAAAAUCACUGAAAAACCUUCAGCUGGACUAUGUUGACCUGUAUAUUAUCCACUACCCAGUGCCAAUGAAGCCAGGAGACGAUCUGUUUCCAGAAGAUGAGCACGGGAAACCAUUAUUGGACACAGCGGAUAUCUGCGCCACAUGGGAGGCCAUGGAGAAGUGUAAGGAUGCAGGAUUGGUCAAGUCCAUCGGGGUGUCCAACUUUAACCACAGGCAGCUGGAGAAAAUCCUGAACAAGCCUGGGCUCAAAUACAAGCCCGUCUGCAACCAGGUGGAAUGCCACCUCUACCUCAACCAGAGCAAGCUGUUGAACUACUGCAUGACAAAGGACAUUGCUCUUGUUGCCUACUGUGCUCUUGGAUCUCAACGACCUAAACGAUGGGUGGACCCAAGCUCCCCAGUUCUCUUGAAUGAUCCAGUUGUCUGUGACAUGGCAAAAAAGCACAAGCGAAGUCCAGCUCAGAUCGCCCUUCGCUACCUUCUUCAACGUGGAAUUGUGGUCCUUGCCCAGAGCUACAAAGAGAAUGAGAUAAAAGAGAACCUGCAGGUAUUUGAAUUUGAGCUGUCUUCAGAGGAUAUGAAAACCUUAGACAGCCUGAACAAAAAUUUCAGAUAUGCACCUGCUCCAUUUACCGAGGGCCACCCAGAAUACCCCUUUUCUGAUGAAUUUUAAUGUAGAGGCCUGUGUCAUGAUGUCUGCACAAAGUCUCAAAGACCCUCUACGUGGAUAGUGACAUCCGAUAUGCUGCUGAUUAAACAUGUGCCACUUCUCAUCCCUCUAAGCUGCAUAACAGCCCUCCUUCAUCGCGAGCUGUGUCGUCAUUCUUUGAAAUGAUGCUAAUGAUUGCUAUAAAGGUCCUUCUUUGGUA